CGGCUCAGCCAGCUCAAAGUUAAAAAGAAGUGGCUCUUCCCAGCUUCCUGCAGCUUCUUCUUCCUGCUCGCUGUGCUCAUGACUGGCUGCUUCCUGUGGCAGUACCACCUCCCCAAGCUGAAGUCUGGUUCCCUAGGACCAGAAGCAACCUCUGCCCCCGUGAGGAUGUGUCCCCAGCACCCUGAGCCUGUGCCUCUGGCCCACCCACUCCCUGUGUUGAAGGAGGCCCUGGAAAAGGUGGACGGGAUCCUGCGUGGGGCUCUGUCUGCCCCAGGGCUGGCCGCCAUAUCUGCAGUUGUCAUCCACAAUGACACCGUGCUCUGGACUGGGAACUUCGGGAAGAAGAAUGGCUCAGACCCGGCUUCUGGGCCCCCCGAUGAGUCCACCAUGUACCGGAUCUCCAGUGUCUCCAAGAUCUUUCCAGUCCUCAUGCUGUACCGCCUGUGGGAGGAGGGCACCGUAGCCUCUCUAGAUGACCCCCUGGAGCGGUACGCCAGCACCUUCACCAUCAACAACCCGCUGGGCGUGGCAUCAGCUCCCCGGCGAGAGAGCCUGAUGGAUGGGCUGGAGGAGAUGGGCCCAGCCCCAAGGCCUUCGCCCGUCACCCUCCGAAGGAUGGCCAGCCAGCUCUCAGGGCUGCCCAGAAGGCUCCGAUCCACUUCGCUGCUGUGGAGGGGCAGCACCCAGGAUGCCCUGAGCCUGCUCAAGGAUGACGUGCUGGUAGCGGACCCGGGAACCAGGUGCCAUUACAGCACCCUGGCCUUCUCGCUUCUGGCCCAUGUCCUGGCAGCCCACACGGCUCAGGGUGACUACCAGCGCUGGAUCUUGGAGAACGUGCUGGAGCCGCUGGGGAUGGCAGACACCGGCUUCGACCUCACCCCUCCUGUCUGCGCCCGCUUGGCGGCUGGCUUCUACGGCAGUGGCCGGCCGGCACCGCUCUACGACCUGGGUUGGUACCGCCCGUCAGGCCAAAUGUACUCCACCCCUGCCGACCUAGCCAAGCUGGCCAUGGCGCUCCUGGGCAGCGGGCCCCAGCGGAUCCUUGGGCCCGAGGCGUCCAAGACACUGCUGGUGCCGCUGCUGGCCUGCCCAGGCGCCUACUUCGCCAAUGAGACUGGCACCCCUUGGGAAUUCCAUUCUCAAAGGGGCUACCGCGUGGUCCGAAAGGACGGCGACUUGGACGGCUACGCCGCCACCUUCUCCCUGGUGCCACCGCUGCGCCUGGGCCUGGUGCUGCUGCUGGCCGGGCCGCGGCCACCUGGGCCCGACCUGGUGGCGCAGGCCUACGACGUGCUCCUGCCGGCCAUGGAGAAAGUCCUCCGGGAGGCCGAGCACAGCCCAGCCCCGCCACCCAGCGUGCGCCCUUUCACGGGCUACUUCACCUUCGCCAACCAGACCUUCUACGAGGUGCGUGCGGGACCUGCUGGCGAGCUGCGCCUGCGCCAGUUUGGACCCCGUGUCGAGGCGCUGGUCCCCGCGGCGUUCCGCACGUUGGCGCUGCGCCACCUGCGUGGCCGCGUCUUCCAGCUGCACGUGGCCCGCGAGUUCCCGUGCGCGCUGCCACUCGGGGACACCUGGCUCUCCCUGGAGGCCCAGCACGGGCAGCUCGUCAACUUCUACCCCCUGGACCGCCACGGGCUGUCUCCGGGCUUUGAUGUGCCGGGCCUUAACACGUACCGGGUGCUGCGGCUAGUGCGCAAGCCCGUGUUCAAGACCCAGUGA